UCGAUUUGAUCUAAUUCGAAUAUCUAGGGACUUUGUUAAUUUGCGAUUUGUCACUAACUUGAUGAAUGGCCGAUCGGCCGGGUGUUGUAUUUUUGUGUGAAGGACCACUCCCGGCUUUUAUUCGCUAAAAACAUAUAAAAUAAUCAAAGCAAUGGCGGUAAACGUUUACUCUACAAAUGUGACGACAGAGAACCUGUCCAGACAUGACAUGCUCGCCUGGGUCAACGAAUGUUUGCAGAGCAGCUUCGCAAAAAUUGAGGAGCUGUGCUCAGGUGCAGCUUAUUGCCAGUUUAUGGACAUGCUCUUUCCGGGAUCUGUGCAGUUGAAGAGGGUAAAGUUCCGGACUAAUUUAGAGCAUGAAUAUAUUCAGAACUUCAAAAUAUUACAAGCCAGUUUCAAAAAGAUGUGUGUAGAUAAGAUCGUGCCGAUAGAUCGGCUUGUGAAGGGCCGUUUCCAGGACAAUUUCGAGUUUCUGCAGUGGUUCAAGAAGUUUUUCGAUGCCAACUACAAAGGAACAGAAUACGACGCACUGGCGUGUCGUGGCGGCGAAACAAUGGGUAAUGGAGGCGGUUCGGCGCCACGUGGAAGCGGCUUGAUGAUGAAACCGCGUUCAGCCAACAACAUUACGGCGCCAACAUCGCCUGCCAAGUCCAAGCCUAUCGGACGUGUUGUAGUACCUAAAGCCAAUACCGUACGACCCACGGCAACGAGGCCAACUAACAACAAAGUUGCUGGAGAUGCUGGCAAAAUUGAUGAUCUAAAUAACCAAAUAUCCGAGAUGAAAAUUUCAAUCGACGGAUUGGAGAAGGAACGUGAUUUUUACUUUGGAAAACUUAGAGAUAUUGAAGUUAUGUGUCAAGAGGCAGAAGGAACGAGUCCGUAUAUCCAGAAAAUUUUAGAUAUAUUAUAUGCAACAGAAGAGGGAUUCGCUCCUCCUGACGAAGUUGAAGGUGGCGUUGGCGAAGAAGAUGAAUAUUAAAGUAAAAAUUUCGCCUUGUCAAAAAUCUCAUCAUUUAUUUCAAAAUUCAUUUUUUACUCUAGUUAAUAUUUGAAAAACUAUAUGUUAAUAACAGUUCUGACUUGUAAAAAAACAAAUAUAGCUACUGCAUAUUUUAAUCAUCUGGUUAAGUUUAUUAAAGUAAAUUUAUGUGAGUGUUGCUUAGACAUGUGUAUUGUAAAUUGUUGAUAUUUCUAUAUUGCGUUGCUAUCAUUUGUUUAACAAGGUUCUUUCUUUCAUUUUCGUAAUAAAAUUUUACUUAAUUA